AUGACAAAGAUUGUGAUUGUUGGUGCUGGCAUUAUCGGUUUCUAUACCGCUUUCUGUUUGUUGGAACGCGGAGUUGAUGCCAAAGAUAUAACUAUAAUUGCCGAGUACUUGCCAGGAGAUGAAUCGAUCAAGUACACUUCACCUUAUGCUGGUGGUAAUUUCUCAUGCAUAACUGGUAAUGAUCCCGAUGUGUUGGAAUACGACCGAUUGACAUAUACUAAUCUUGCAAAAGUUCAAAAAGCCAUUGGUGGAAAAACUAAAGGGUUGGAUAGAUACAAAUCAACUGAAAUUUGGGAUUUCAAUUUAGCAAAAGCCAAAUAUGAUUCUUUGAGGAGCUAUUUACAAGACUAUCAAGAAAUUGGCAAAAGUAAGUUGCCCAAUGGUGCCGCAUUUGGUAUUACGUUUCUCUCAUGGAAUUUUAAUUGUCCAAAGUUCUUGAUGAAUUUUAAAAUCUAUUUGGAACAACAAGGAGUUCAAUUUGUUAGAAAACAUUUGGACCAUAUCAUACAGGCAUAUGGACACGAUACCAAGAUUGUGUUUAACUGUACUGGAUUAGGUGCUCGCUCGUUGGGUGGAGUUGAGGAUAAAAAUGUGUAUCCAGCCAGGGGUCAAGUAGUUGUCAUUAAAGCACCACACAUCAUGGAGAAUGUUAUGCGUUGGGGCAAUGACGAACCAACAUACAUAAUCAAAAGACCUUAUUCUCAUGAUCAAUUGAUUUUAGGUGGAUUUUAUCAAAAGGGCGAUUGGACUCCAGAUACCUUAAAACAGCAAAGUGAUGAUGUGUUGAAAAGAACCACACAAUUGUUUCCUAAGAUUUUGAAUGAUAAUCCACAUGGAAACAAGAUUGAAGACUUAGAAGUUAUUAGAGUUGUCGCUGGUUUGCGCCCUGGAAGACAUGGAGGAACGAGAAUUGAAAAGGAGAAAUUGGAUGAAGGGAAGGUGCUUGUGCACAACUAUGGUGCUGGCGGUUAUGGGGAUCAAUCAGGGUUAGGUAUGGCUUAUAAAGCUGUGCAAUUAGCAUUAGAUGGGGCUAAGUUGUAA